AUGGCAUCGUUCUUCAAGAAACCAACUUGGGCGCAGGCAUCCACUCCCGCAAAGCCGCAGGACUUCUUCCGGCGCUCCAACCAGGUGUAUUCGGACUUUGUGGCCACGACUCAAGAAGAAGAUGAAAGUGAUGAUGAGACUGAUACAGCUAAAGAGACUCCCUGUGCGCCUAAGGAGCCUAAGAGACGCCGCAUAUCCAACGAAGACGAGGACGAGGCCACUUCAGCGCUUCAGCCCAGAACCAAAUCACCGCCCCAGGAGGCUGCAAGUGGAAGUGAUACUGUUAAAAGGGAUACCCCUCCCAAGCUGGAAGAAGACGGGACCAGCAAGACGUCUCCAAGAACUCCACGCUCUACUCGAUCAAGUCCCAGGAAGACCAGCUCACAACGGAACAGUCCAAGGAAAUCACAACUGAUAGGAGCCUCACCACCAGGCACUGUCAUUCGUCUUAACUCGGAAUCUCCUCCUCCUUUGGCCUCCCGAGUUCCUCCAAAGUCGGUAAUACAGAUUGACUCCGACUUGGACAAUGAUGGAGAUAACGAUGAAGAGUCUGAUGAGGACUGCGCAGCACUGAUCAGACGAGCUCGAGAAAGGGCUCGUAAUAACUCGAUGCGGGAGGAUAAUAAGCCGGCAUCUCCCAAUGGCAAGGAUAAUACCAUCGGGAAGACGGCUGGAACCCCAUCGAAAUCUCCCAAGGCUGCUUCCAAUUCAUCACCAAAGAAAAAGGACACCGUUGUGAAUAUCCUUAUUACAUCUAAUAUUCCAAACACCAAGUCGCUCCUGGUGCGUCGGUUGCUGUCUCAGAACCUAGGAGAGGUACGAAAGGCCUGGUGCAGUCACCAGAAAUACGACGAAGAGACCUCAGACACUAUCAUCUUGACCUGGAAAGGAAGACGGCUAUUUGAUGUAACCACAUGCAAGAGUCUGGGUAUCAAUGAUACUGACACCAACGACAACUCGAUAUUUGACUCUUCCCCCUUUGACAUGGAAGAAGGCAAUGCCGGCGUCCACAUGGAAGCCAUGACAGAGGAGAUGUUGGAAGAAAGACGCCGAGCAGCAACCACCGUCCAGCAGGAUAACAGUGAAGAGAACAGUGAGGACGAGCAGCCAAAGGCUCAAGAGCCAGCUGACACGGAUCUGAUUCGGAUUACCCUCAAGAACCCGGAUCUAGAUGACUUUAGGAUCAAAGUACGACCGUCAACGCAGAUUGGCAAUAUCUUGAAGAAGUUCCGGCAGGUGAAGGAAAUACCAGAGCACAUGUCUGUUUUGCUCUAUUUUGAUGGAGAUAUGUUGGAUCCAGGCACUUUGAUUGAGGAUAAUGAUAUUGACGACAUGGAUUGCCUUGAUGUUAUCAUGAAAUAG